AUGAAAUCUGAUGCGAAAUCUGAACUCAAUUUAGUGGAUGCAAGAAUGGAUGACAAACGAAGUGAUGCUUAUCAAUCUAGUAGGUCAGCUCUACCAAUAUCUGCAUGGAGGGGGAGGUUUAAUAUACCGAGGCAGAACGUAAGUCUCAAUAUAGUUGCUCAUGUCUCGAACAGUGCAUGCUUGGAGGUGGCUAGUAUAAUGCCUGACUCAUUAUGUUUGGAAAUUGUCCCGCGCAUUGAUAUUUGGCCAGCGUCCUUUAAGAGCUCACCACCUAACGAACAUAGUGUUGCCCUCUUUUUCUUCCCAGAGCGGGGAGAUGACGGAGUUUUCAGUAAUCUGCUUACAUAUGCAAUGUGCGGUGACUAUGCCCUUAAAGCAACUAUUGGGAAAGCUGAGCUCCUAAUCUUUGCUUCUAUCCAACUUCCCGAGAAGCUCCACCGAUUCCAAGGCAAACAUUAUUUGUGGGGUGUUUUCAAGGGACAACGUGUUGGUGCUUCUCAAUCGGAGCAUCAGUUGCACAUUCAGACCCCUAUUGUGAGGCUGAGCCUGUCUGCAAAUUCAUGUGGCCAGAGAAGCUUUGAUGGGAAAGAGAAUCCAGUAACCAUUUCGAGGGAGCAGAGUCCUUUAACACAAGAUUCAAAAGUUGAUAGAAGGGGAAGGCGUCUAGACGAGGCUUGGCAGCAUGCAAAUCCGCUAGACCCAUUAAGACAGAAAGCAGAGUGCAAAUAUUGCGGUUUUCUUUCCUCACAUGGUGGGAUUUCUCGACUUAAGGCACAUCUCGGGGGAGGACACCCAAAAAUCCGCUUGCCAGGUUGUGAGCGGGUCCCCCCUGAGGUGAAACAUGUCAUGGGCGACUGGUUCAAUGAUUGGGUAUACACAACUAAAGCUCUUUGGACGAAGGAAAUUAGAGCUGAGAUUGGUGUGCAUGAUGAAACUGAGAACCCGCAUGAAGCUGUCUGGGAAGAUCAAAAGAGAGACUUGAAUGGUUGUUUUAGCUUUGACUUUUCACGUGGUGAAAUCUCUCAUAAGGUUCCGGGUGGAAAUAACCAAAAUGCAAAUGGGGAAGCUGGGCCUAAAGUGUCAUCUGGAAAAAAAGGAGUCCCAACUGUAAAAGUAAAAAAUAUAAAGGCCUCUAUAUCACCUGAAACAAAAGGACUCAUGUCUGGUUGGUCAAAAAGUCCUUCAUCAUCGUCUAAGGUCAAAGAGUCUCAAGAUGGUGAGCAAUCUGAUAAGAGGGGAAGGCCGUUGGAUAAUGCUUGGCAACACGCGAAGGCAUUGGACGAAGCUAGACAAAAAACACAGUGCAACUAUUGUGGUUUUGUCUCAAUGUACGGCGGAAUUUCACGACUAAAAGCCCACUUGGCCGGAGGUUCUGCCGAGAUGCAGCUGCAGGGUUGCCCUCGUGUCUCGCUGGAAAUCAAAACAGUGAUGGAGGAAUGGUUCAACGAAUGGGUCAAGUACGCUACAGCCACUUGGACAAGGAGGUCAAAUGAGAAAGUUCCUUCAGCCAAAUCUUAUAAGCGGGGAAGGCCGCUAGAUGAUACGUGGGAGCACGCUGUACCUCUAGACGAGUCGAGACAGGCCACUAAAUGCAAGUAUUGUGGAUUUGUGUCGAGGCGUGGUGGGAUUGCACCAAUGAGGGCUCAUUUGGGAGGCGGUGAUCUUACGAUGCAGUUGGAAGGCUGUCCUUACGUGCCGCUCGAGGUCAAAAGUUCGAUGAUGCCAACUCCCGAAAAAAAGAAAUAUAAGAAAAAGUCAAAGGCUGCAAAUAUAGAGGCUACUGGAGGAGGAGGGGCUCAAGAGACUGCGAGUAUGGCAGGCGAGGCUCAAUGGUUUGAGAGAAGGCAACAUUUUCUCCAGGAGGCGCUCGAUGGUGUCCGCAACACUUGCCUGAAAGAAAGCCUUCAAAAGCUUAUACACGAGAAGAAUGCCAAUCUGCAAACGAUGCAAUUUGAAAUACACUCCCUUCAAAACCGGUUAGCUACAAUGCCUUGA